GAUUCUGCUCUUCUAUUGCGGAUGUAGCGCGCGAUAAAAAACGGUCACCAACAGAAGUGCGUCUGUGCAUUUCUGUGUUGUUGAUGGUCAGGACUGCGUUCGUAAUUUGGAGAGAAUGGCGCGAUGGGAGACGCCGACUACUAAAAUGUAAAACAUGUAAAAUGGAUAUUUCAGGGUUUGUUGAAUAUUGCUAUGGAAUGUUCCAGCCAACAGAAAAAUGAUGUGUGUUGAAAACAUCCUACCCAGCCUAUUGGAAUCCAUUUUUCACAUUCAUGUGUAGGUGUUGUAACUGUAUGUAACACCCAACAAUAAAUGUUUCCUGUGGGCUGGAAUUAUUAGUAGGGGCUGAAAAGAAGACCCUCUCCACUUUCAACAUGCGGAGAGUUUACUGUGGCAUUUCCAGAGAGCUCUCCCAAUGUCUCUGGUCCAUAACAGGCUGUAAGCAGGCCUUGGAGCAUCUCGGUCUGUGGAACUGAACCAACAUGGAGGGCUCAGGCUAGUCCCUAGGCCAGGAACCACAAACUGCAGCGGAAACUAGUCAACAUAUAUUGGGCUGAAGCCGACGGCUGGCUGUCUGUGGCUCUGUGUGAACCCCUGUGCGCAUCGCUAGUGUGUAUGUUCCCCAGUGUGCCUGUGUGUGAGAGCAGUACGACACCUUGGAUCCUCCUUGGAGCCGCACACAUCCCGGGCCGCCAGCCUUCGGUCCGGAGAUGCUCCAAACCAACAACUACUCCCUGGUGCUACUGAUCCAGCUGAGCCUGUUGACCUUCGACCUGUUCGUCAACUCCUUCAGUGAGCUGCUGAGGGCUGCGCCUGUUGUCCAGCUGGUGCUCUUCAUUAUCCAGGACAUUGCCAUCCUGUUUAACCUGAUCAUCAUCCUGCUGAUGCUGUUCAACACCUACGUGUUCCAAGUGGGAUUGGUGUCCCUGCUUCUGGAUCGCUUCAGAACCUUGCUGCUGCUCUCUGCUCUUUACCUGACCUUCAGCAUCUCCCUGCACUCCUGGAUCAUGAAUCUACGCUGGCUAAAAUCUAACCGCUAUGUGUGGACUGAUGGGCUCCAAGUGCUUUUUGUCUUCCAAAGAAUAGCAUCUGUAUUAUACUACUACUUCUACAAGCGUACUAGUGAGUACUUAGGUGACCCGCGGCUCUAUGAAGAUUCCCCUUGGCUCAGAGAUGCCUUUGCCAAUGCCAGGGCUCGCCAGUGAGCACAGACCAGUGUGGACAUGAAACAGGGAUGGACAGAUCCAAAAUGGACCCCUCCCCUUCCCUCAGACAUGAGGAGUACAUGUUAAAAGUAAAGCAAGAAUGGAUGAAGUAUGCAAUCUUGUUCUCAAGAGCAUUACCUGAGGAAAGACAGGGAAACUCGAGGAUAACAAUGGAGAUCUUGCUUGAAAUACAGAAAGGAAAUUUAUAAGAGGUGCCUGACCUACUGUUAAAUGCAAACAAGUUUGGCCCCUUUGUGAACAGAUAGAAUGUUACAGUAAAUGUGACUGUGAUGGCCAUUCUUUAUUUAUAUUUUUUUACUCAGUUAUGAAACCCUGCAAAGGUUUUUUUUCUGUGUCAUGUAGCUACCAAUUUAUUAUGUUUAUGCUUUUUAUGUUGGAUGAUUUGUGUAUGCCAGAUUUUAUAAAUCUAAUAAAGAAAAACAAUUAGGUUUA